GCCAUUGGAACCUUCGACUUCUUGACAGGUAGGCUAUGUCGGAUGAUGAUCCCAAUGACAGUCCACAUCCAUAUGGGAGCUUGGUGCACUAUUGGCAGCAGGUGGAGGACGGGGUGCCCACCGACCAGCAGCUUGUCUCAGGCCGAGGAGCCCGUGCGACGGUGACGCAGGAGGAGUUGAUGCAGGCGAGAGAGAGGAUGCGCGCCGUGUCCCACAUGGGAGCAACUCGUCGAUUGCGGGAGUCUGACAGGAGGCGUUCUGGCGGUGGUCGCAGAGGUGGUCGUCAGGGAGGUCGUGGGCGAGGCGCGCGUGGAGGUCCUGGCGGGAGGAGGACUAUCGCGGGUCGUCGAAUGGCGGCGGACGAGCUUGUGCGCAAGCCUCGACAGCGAUGGGACGAGGGAGACUUCUUGUACGAGAGCUCGUCCAGUGACGAUGAGGAUUUCUUCGGGACCGGCGCGCCUGCACAGGACGACGACAGCGAUAUCGACAAUCGCCACCCGGACGUAGACGACGAUGAUGGCGCCAGAGGCGAUGAUCGCGGUGAUGGAGGAGAUCGGCCCUGCUUAACACGCGAAGACGUUGAUAGAGGGUCUGACGAGACAGUGGGACAUUAUCGCGAUGAGGUUGAUGCUGAUGCACAAAGUGGUGCAGGGGGAUCGAGACCUGGAGAUGGUGACACCAUGUGCGGCGACGGGGCAGGAGGCGAGGACCGCACAGUCUCGGAUGAUGUUGGAGAUGGAGCGGAUGAUAACGGUCCAAGACCUAUUCAGGGCGGUGCCCUAAAGCGCUUGAAACGUGGACCAAGGGAACGACACACUAGUGCUUCACAUAUUCCUAUUUAUGAGGACUCUUUCAGUGAUGAUGGCGACGAGGAGCGGAUCGAGCAGGAUGAUGGGAGCGAUCAUGCGCGAAAUGAUACUCAGACUAUGCAUGCGACAACUCCGACAGGGUCCUCCGCAGCAAUCUCGGAAUCACAACAGGACGGACCAUCAUUCUCAGCUGUAGUGACUUCAGACGUGCGACGACCACCAGCAAUGGCGGAGCAGGAGAGUAUGCUCCCACCUCGCAGCGGUCAUGGAGUUCAGCCUGACGUACGCAGGGAGGUGGUUGCUAUGCCGCAAUCGGACACACAUGGACCCCAUGCAUACAACACCGUAUCGCGGCCACCACCUGCAUUGGUGGAGGGGACUGAUGUUGCGUGUCCAAACGCCGAUCUCCCGGAAGGGGAGGUCUCACACACUCCAGCACCUAAGAAGAGCGUCGGGGGCCAUGUCGGUCUCGCAUGCCCCACCGGCAGUCUUCCGGUUUUUCGUGUUGGCAGACCUCACGAGGUAGACCUCGGUAUGGCCGAGAUGGCGACACGACACCUCAGCGACGGUCUCCGCAGCAUCGCACAACGUAGUUCAUCCGAUUCGUUCGAUGGCGCGAAGGAUGGUGGCUUUGUUGCACUCGCCGGAGUCGAAAGAGCAGCAAGACCUUCACGUCCGCCGUCAGACUCAGAGCAUCAGCACAUCAGCGCGACUGCCGGCGCAGUUGGGGGCGUCCGCGCCACGGACACCGUCGACGCGACACAACAGCCUGUGGUGGGUUCAUUGGCGACAACGCGGCGCGACAGAGCUACUGUUUUGCCGACAGUGGCAUUCUAUACCAGCGGGACAACCAUUGGGGGGUUGGACGAGCAGGGCAAGCCAUCAACACUGUUUAUGGGGACACGAUCCAUUGAGACUGUCGAUGGUGCUCGCCACACCGCGAUGACAAAGUACGAGGCCCGACACGGGAAUGCUUUGCCGACGAAGACAUCUGAUGUGCAGGCUACAAGGGCCGCGAAGGCGUGUCUUUCUCGAGCGAGGAAGAAGGCUUCGACAAGGAAGGCGUUACGUUCGUCGCCGCGUAUGUGUUCCCAUCUUACGCGAUCCGGCCCUGUACAUCUCGAGGACGAAGAGAUUGCACCCGACGGCGAUGCAUUGGAUGUUGGAGGGAGGGCUGCAACCAGUACCGAUCCCGUGAACGUGACCGACCGUUUAUUUGGUGUUUUUUUUGUGAACAGUCGUUCUCGGUGAAAGGGACGACCACUAAAGAGUGGUGUUUUUUUUUUUGUUUUUUUUUUUCUUGGGUUCCGCCAGGUGCUUUCGCC